UUUCAUUUUCGACCAAAAAAAAAAAAAAAGAAAAAAAAAUACAGAAAGAGAGAAAAGGGACUUCGAUCGUCGAUUAUUGGCGCCCCUUUUUUUCUUUUAGCUUUUUCUGUCUGUUUUUUCAUGUUCAAUUCCAAUAAUAUUACACAUAAAAGCUAAAUACAACCUUUUUUUUUUUUUGUCGCUGAUUUUUCUAUCAAUUUCAUGGCCAUGUCAGUGCGCAGGCGAACUUUGCUCAAGGUCAUCGUCCUCGGCGAUAGUGGAGUUGGCAAGACGUCCUUGAUGAACCAAUACGUGCAUAAGAAGUUUAGCCAGCAGUAUAAAGCUACUAUAGGAGCCGAUUUCGUGACGAAAGAACUGCAAAUUGAUGACAGGCUCGUUACUCUACAAAUAUGGGAUACUGCUGGGCAAGAAAGAUUUCAAAGUCUUGGGGUUGCAUUUUAUAGAGGGGCUGAUUGUUGUGUUCUGGUUUAUGAUGUCAAUGUGAUGAGGUCGUUUGAUACACUUGACACUUGGCAUGAGGAGUUUCUUAAGCAGGCCAAUCCUUCAGACCCCAGGGCGUUUCCAUUUAUAUUGCUCGGAAACAAGAUUGAUAUUGAUGGUGGGAAUAGUAGAGUGGUUUCUGAAAAGAAGGCUAAGGAAUGGUGUGCUUCAAAGGGGAACAUACCUUACUUUGAGACAUCAGCAAAAGAGGACUACAAUGUGGAUGCUGCAUUCUUGUGCAUAGCAAAGACUGCCCUCUCAAAUGAGCAUGAGCAGGAUAUAUAUUUCCAGGGCAUCCCUGAAGCUGUUCCAGAGUCUGAGCAAAGAGGUGGUUGUGCAUGCUAAUGAUUGUAUUGGUUUGGUUGCUUCAGUUCUCAUUCUUUGUGGUGUUCAUCCAUUGCCAAUUUUUUGGACAUUGUAUACUAUGUUCUUCCUGUUUAGGUAUGCAGAGACUGUAAUGUUGCGCUUUUUUGGAACGAGUCUCUUGCUUGGUAAGGUUGAACUGCGAUUGUAGGAACUGAUAUUGGGUUUGACCAUGAGUUGCUUUCAAUUUUUGAUUAGGAAUUUUUUGUCCUUCUAGUUUUCAACAUCGAUUUUUGGCCAUGAAGAUGUUGGGUUAAAUUUGUUGGAGCAAUAUAUUUGGUCAUGAACACUGUUGGAUGUGGGAUAUAAUUAUGUUUGAUUUUAUUCUCUCUACUCUUUGUAUUAAAUAUAAUAAUGCCAUUGCGAAGGCUAUUAUUUGGUACUA